UAUAAAGUACCAAGCACUGGUCCAACAAGUAUGGCGGCGCACAUAACUUCUGCAGAAGAUGUAAAUGCUUCGCUGAAUAAAUGCACUUCUAGUGAAAUAAGUGAUUUGGCACACCAUGUGGCCCAUCAUAUUUGCAGAGGGAAUCCACUGGAUUACAGUCUGUAUUCAAAGCUGUGGACAUUGGAGGAAUGGUGGAAUGUGACCGAUUUUCUACAAUCUUUAUUCAAAACAACAACUAAACAUUCAUGGACAAAAGAGCAGGUGUUCAAGGUAUUUGAAGACCUGGGUUCCAUUCCUGACAGUACCAAGACAACACUCUAUGGGGUUAUAAGUGUGCAUAAGGAUGCAUUUCAUCGCCAUUUCCUGGAUGAAACUACAGCUAUAUCACACAAUGUCCUCACAGACUUUGACUGGCAACUCAAGUUAGUUAUGUCCAAGUGAUAAGAUAUCUUCAUUACAAACCCCCUUGUUGAACCUCGAUCUUCAGGUCAAAAAUGGUGCCAAUAAAAACAAGAUGGUCUCUCUUGAACUGGAUCAGCAAAAGAUUUAAAGAAGUUG